AUGGGUAUUAAGGGGCUAUGGCGUAUUCUGGAGCCUGCACGAAGAAAAGCCGACUUUGAGCAACUUCGAGGCAAAAGAAUGGCUAUUGAUAUGAAUAUAUGGCUUCACCAGGCUUUAAAAUCGAAUGCUAAAGGUAAUCGUAAUGUUCAUUUUGCCAUUCUUUUUCGCCGAAUUUGCAAACUUCUUUUUUACGGCAUUCGUCCGGUUUUCGUUUUCGAUGGUACUGUGCCUGUUCUUAAGAAAAAUACUAUGGCAAACCGUAGAGCUUACCGUAGCACAGCUCAGGAAAGGAGCCUUCGAGCUAGAAAUAUUCUCUUAAAGCGUCUUUUCCGUCGAUUAGCUGAAAAUGAUCUCCGUUCAAAGAAACCUAAUGCAGAUUUGACUGCGGAAUUUCUUAAUCGAUAUAGUACCACCGAAUCUAUGAGACGAGCUGAAAUUGAUGAGGAGAUUUUCGGUUCCCAAAACUCUCAACUAUUUCCUUAACUACCCUCUUCUAGUAUCCUGCAUUUGGAAUCCGAGCAGGAGUCAGCGUUAGAAUUAGCCAAGAAUUUUGUUGCGAGCCGUUCUUCAAUCGACAUUAACUCUGAUGCUUUCGAUGCCCUUCCAAUUCGAGCACAGCUUCAAGUUAUUCUCAUUCUCCAGGACACUUCUAUUGACGCGUCGCCUCAAGUGAAAGGUGAGACAUUUUCACAGGCUCAGAUCAAACGGCUGAUGAUGCGUCGGGAAUUAUCGCGUAAGAAGGAGGAAAUCGAAAGCAGAAUGAAUGAGUCAUUAAUAGCCGAGGCGGUUCCGAAGGAAAUACAAUCAACAUCUGACAUGGUUGUUAGAGCUUUUCGGAUAGCUUCUCAAGAUGAAGGGCAUGCGAUUUUACUUAAAAGACGGUCAUCGAAGGAAAAUGCCGACGAUUUGAGAGCACGACUUAAUAGAAUUCUUGUUAGAUCACCUGGAUCGGAUUUGAAUUCCGAUGAAAAAGUAACAUCUGAACCAAACACAGUUACUGAACUUACAAAAAUGGAUCCGGACUCAACGGAUCAAAAUGGUAGAUUUGGGAGUGAUGAAGUCAAAGUGAAGGAAGGGUCGUCGGAAUCCGAAGCUACUUCUACCGACACAGACGACUUUGUCGAUGUGGAAGCAGGUUCUGAAGAUAUUAAGACUCUAGACAACCUUGUUCUUCGUCUUAUUCAGUCCAGAGAGGCCGGGACCUCAUCAUCUACUAAUAAAAAUAGGGUUAUUGUUGCCAAACAACCAGUCAAAACAGGAGAUGUCGAGUCCAUAACAUCUGAUGAAGAAUCAAAUUUAGAGGAAUCAUCCUCUGAAGAAACUUAUUUUACUGAUGUUACUGACCAAUCGGUCUCCAUUGAACAUUUUAAUGGUUUUAGUAGUUGCGUCGAUCAAUCAACUUCCUCUGAGAAUUUGCAAAACCUUAUGAACCAUGCUCAACCACCUCUUGCGAAAAAGAUUGUCAAGGAGGAAUUGUCUGCAAAGAAAGUGGAUGGGAAAAUUGCAUUUGUGGGAAAGGUUCCAGACUCAGAAGUUAAAGAUGAAUUUAGUCGAGAAGAAUCUUUGCCACAAAUUUCAAGUUUUCUGGCACCUGGAUUUGACGAAAUAGAAGACAAUUUGGAGAUUGAUGAUUCAGUUUUGCGGUUAGAAGCGGAUAGAUUCGAGCGUCUUGCACAGGAGACAACCUCAGAUUGUGUUGCUGAAGCCCAGCGCUUGGUUGAACUUUUCGGAUUUCCUGUGGUCACCAGCCCCGAGGAAGCGGAGGCCCAGUGCUGUCGCCUUCAGCAACUUGGAUUAGUCGAUAUUGUUGCCAGUGAUGACUCAGAUGUCUGGGUUUUCGGAUUGGACAGACGUCACUUAAUUCAGUUAGCCAUGCUCUGCGGUAGUGAUUACACCAAUGGCAUCGACAAGAUCGGCCCCAUUAAGGCCGUGGAGAUAGUAGCCUUUUUCUGUCGCUCUUACAACCAUCCGAAUUCUACUGAGAUCGAUGCGGUUCUCCAGCCCCUUUUAGCAUUUCGCGAAUUUUGUUUGAGAGGAACUGAUUCAAGAUGGAAAAAUAUCAAAGUUCCAGAUGAUUUUCCUAAUGAAAUGGUUGUCAAGGGAUACCUCUCACCAAAUGUUGAAGAACCAAAGGAAUUUCAUUGGGACACACCACAGAUGGCACUGCUUACAAAAUAUCCUUUUCAUAAAUUUAAAUCGUCCCUUGAACACCGUGUAAGCCGGACUCCUCAAAUCGUUGAAUUCUUCCCUCAUGUUGAUUCCCAACUAAAGCCUACUUCUAGACUUACGCAGGCAACAUAUAAACUGAAAUACGCGAAGGAAUUUGAAAAUCUACCUAAUCUCGCAGAUAAUUGGUCUGCAGAUGAAGAAAGUCAGGAGGGCAAUUCAUCAAAUCUUUCGAGAAAACGAAAGUCCACCGAAGAACCCAAGACAGUUACCAAGCGAAGACGCAGAAAAGCGCGACCGAAAACCAGUUAA